GCACACCCCCUGCCUGUAACAUUACCCAGCGCAUCCAGGUGUCAGCUGUCACACUGCACCGUAUCCUCACCUGUGUGCAGCUCAGCGCUUCUGGACUCGAAGAAUCCUCCUUGUUACUAGCAACUCAUUCUUAAUUGGAAAUAUUUGGAUUAUUUAUUUUGAAUUCAGUUAUUCUUUUUUUAUAUUGGUAUUUUUUGCAGCUUUAUUUUUAUAUAUUUCUCUAGCUUUUAAAAAAAUAUAUAUAUAUUUUUUAUUUUUUGCUAUUUUUCUCCAAUACAUUUUUGCAUAUUUUUCCUUUUUUUUUAAUUUUUUUUUUAAAUUAUUAUUAUUAUUAUUUUUACCUUGAAUCGUUGGAUCUCCAAAACGAUGUGGACCUUCCUGGGGGUGGCCACCUUCACCUAUGUAUAUAAGAAGUGUGAUGAGCUGCUGAGCCCCCCCAGGCUGGAGGUGCUGCUGGCGCUGCUGGGGGUCUGCAUUAUAGGCCUGGUGCUGUCUGUGCUGCGAUACCUGGGGAGAACCGGGGCACAGAAACAGGGGAGACCGGGGGUCAUCCCCAGGAUGCUGAACCCGGAUGGCGGCCACAAGGAUGUGGGGAGAAGUGGCGUGAAUGGGCUGAGACAGAGGAAAACCGAAAACCACUUGGGGUCAUCCACUGACAGUAAUGGGGCCACUGUUUCUGCUACAAGAACUGGUGAUGGCCCUGAUGUCCUCAUUGUGGGCUCUGGGGUCCUCGGCUCAGCUCUUGCUACAGUGUUAUCCAGAGAUGGGAGGAGGGUGACCGUCAUCGAAAGAGAUCUAAAGGAACCAGAUCGUAUUGUGGGGGAGUUACUGCAACCUGGGGGGUAUCAAGCCCUGAAGGAUCUCGGACUUGGUGAUGCGGUGGAAGGUCUGGAUGCCCAUGUGGUUCACGGAUAUGUCGUUCACGAUAUAGAAAGCAAAGCAGAAGUGGAGAUCCCGUACCCUGUGAAUGAGGAGAAGCAGCUGCAGUGCGGCAGAGCUUUUCAUCAUGGUCGCUUUAUCAUGGGGCUCCGUAAAAUGGCCAUGGCAGAACCCAACGUGCAGUACAUCGAGGGGACCGUUCUGCAGCUGAUUGAAGAAAAUGACACUGUCCUAGGAGUCCAGUACAGGGACAAAGAAACCGGAGAUGUAAAGGAAAUCCUCGCCGCUCUUACAGUCGUUGCUGAUGGAGUUUUCUCAAAGUUUAGGAAAGAUCUCAUUUCUGGACAGGUCACUGUGUCCUCCCAUUUCGUGGGUUGUAUUUUAAAGGACUCUCCGCAGUUUAAGGCCAAUCACGCCGAGCUUGUUCUGGCCAAUCCCAGCCCUGUCCUGAUCUAUCAGAUAUCGUCCAAUGAGACUCGGGUCCUUGUUGAUAUCAGGGGAGAAAUGCCCAAGAACCUUAAAGAAUAUAUGCUGGAGAAGAUCCUGUCGCAGCUUCCUGAACAUUUACAAGAUCCUUUCCACUAUGCUGUUGAAAAUGACCGCCUGAGGACGAUGCCGGCCAGCUUCCUCCCACCUUCACCAGUCAACAAGAAAGGAGUGCUGCUCCUGGGAGAUGCGUACAACAUGAGGCAUCCGCUGACCGGCGGGGGAAUGAGCGUCGUCCUGAAUGAUGUGAAGAUUUGGAGGAGUCUCCUUCAGGAUCUGCCAGAUCUGAACGAACACUCAAAAGUACUAAAGGCCAAGCAGCAGUUCUACUGGUCAAGGAAGAAGUCGCACUCUUUCGUAGUGAAUGUUCUGGCCCAGGCGCUCUACGAGCUCUUUGCUGCUACUGAUGAUUCCUUGUACCAGCUGAGGAGAGCCUGCUUCCAUUACUUCAAGCUUGGAGGAGAAUGUGUCGCUGGCCCCAUAGGACUAUUAUCUGUAUUGUCCCCGAGACCCACGCUGCUUAUUGGACAUUUCUUCGCCGUCGCCUUAUACGCCAUCUACUUCUGCUUCAAGUCCGAACCCUGGUUGACCAAGCCCCGCGCCCUUGUCCGAAGCGCCGCCGUCUUUUACAGAGCGUGUUCCGUCAUCUUCCCUCUCAUAUACUCGGAGAUGAAGUAUCUAGUCUACUGAAUCCAGACACUGAACAGUUAAACCUUGCCACAGAGGCUACAAAAUAGGCUAAGAGAUACGUCAUGGAGCCACGGCCGACUCGGGCUCCACCUGGUCACUGCUGGUUCACAAUGAUCCUAAUCUAUACAGGAAGAAUGAAUGCCCAGUACGGCACGACGGGCACGGGAUCAGACCCGUUCUACGACUGCGCUAAAGAUAGUGUUUUACUAUCUGAAUCCUUCGAGAACCAUUAAUGCCUUUAUGUGCAUUACUAUAAAUAAGAAACCUUCUCCGAGCGAGGAACGGACGCUUCUGGAAUGAACCAAUGAUAAGACACGUCACCGGAUAUAGCAUUCUCGUACAUUCAUAGAUGGUUCAUUCUCCGUCAUGCAGCACUUAUUGGUUUCAGUAUUUAUUUAAUCCAAGACUAUAGACAGAAUACAUGAGCUGGUGCAGUACCCUUUGGGUUCACUAUGAGCACUUGGCAAACUGAGCGGGUAUCAUAUACGCCCACCCUCUGCGUGCAUUAUUUAUUAGACUGGUUCGCCUGUACGUGCCGCCAUACGUGGUCUGUCUUAUGUAGCCACUGCUCUAACGUCCUGGGGCCAGACGCCUCCAACCUGCCUGUAAAAUUAAUCGUAAUAUAUUGUUAAAAGGGUACUCCACUGGCCAGCGUUCAGAACAGCUGUGCAUGCGUUUUGCGAGGGGGUCAGCCA